AUGUCAAUUGCUUGUUCUCAGAGAACCGCUUGCCUUUAUGUCAUCGCUGAACUUUGGUGUUGUCCUGGGCUGAAUCAACUCUCCCGGAACUAUUUCGUUCCACCGAAUUCUUUCCUUCAUUCCAGGACCCUCGACUUGCUGUCUUAUGUGCGUUUAAACGUUCUUGCUAUUUUCACAGCAGUUGUCAUCUCAAUUCUUUUGAUGACACUUUUCAAUAAGAUUAUUUCCCCAUACUUUCAUGAGUACUACAAAAGGCUACUGUUUUACGACGAUGCCUUGCAACAUUUGAAAGAUGUGCUAGAGAUGGACUAUGAUGUACUGUGGAAUCAACCGGAAUUCUGCUUGGCUUUUUUGAAGGCUUAUCAAACAUUUCUGGCUGUGGCCAGAUCGGAUUCCAGUGGCAGGAUAUCCAAGGUCUCACGGUAUAACAAGUAUACCGUGAUCGAUAUGCAUUAA